AUGAACGUCAAAAAGAUCCUCCAGGCCAGUUUAGGCAUCGUCAUCAUCCUUGUUAUAUUCGUCUUCGUUAGAGAACUCGCCCGCGAGACAGCCAGCCACCCAAUUGCUUACCACUCCAAUUCUUCUCCCGCCAACGCGAACCGCAAGGAGGCCCCUCAUGAGAUUAUAGAGCAACUUAAAGUGCAGGUAGCGGGCCGCGAGGCGGAAAGCACGGAGAUGCAAGAUCUGGAGAAGGAGAUCCAACGGCUGAGACAGGACAUCAGGGUUCUAUCGAGCGGCGGAGGGCUUCCGACCGGAGCGCACUUAACGGCGACGGAUCUGAAGACAGCAGCAGAUGUAGGGGUGGACGCGACGGCUAUAUGCGAGCAGCAGCUAUCUCACUGUAAGAGGCAGAAGCUUGAACGGCGCUCCUUACUCUCCAGUAACCCUUCCGCGGAAGGUGGUUCCGCUUCCGCUUCCGUUUCCGAGCCAUCCGCGGGAGGGUCGGUAACGCCUGCGGGUGGCGCAGGGGGAGCGGGGGAAUCGGCGGAAGGGGGUUCCAGUGCCAUUCCGCCAGUCUCCCCUGCGGUGGCGGAGCUCCAGCGGAAGCUGGCGGAUCUACGGACGGCGUACGACGCAAUGAUGAUCGACAAGCGCAAUCUGACGGCUGAGCUUGCGCGGCUGUCCCACAAUGGCACUCAGGAGAUGCUGCGAGACGAGAAUGUGCGGUGGGGAUUGCACGAGUGUAAGUCGUACGCGUGUGUGAAUUCAAGGGAGAAAGGGGAGUGCAGGAACUGUUUCAACAUGAGUUUGGAGGUGAAGCGGUGGCAGGUGCCGUACCUGGGCACCAUACCUAUGGCGCAGGUCUGGCAGCUCAAGCCUCCGGGUUCGCUUCGGAUCGGCCUGGAUGUGGGUGGAGAAUUGGAGGAGCUGAUGUUUGAAUGGCACCGGAUUCUUCGGCCAGGCGGCAUUAUCUGGUUAGAGCUGCUGACCGCACCUACAAGCAAGAUGAAGCAGUAUACAGUGGUGAUUAAUAUGUUCAAGUAUAAGCAGCUGUACUGGGAUCUUGCGCCUGUGGAUGAUUCGAAGAAAAGCAAGACCCAUGUCUACUUGAACUGUGUAUUGGAAAAGCCUAGGAAGUCAUAG